AUGGGAACCUGGGUGACGUGUUUCGACAGGGUGGUGUAUUCCAUCAAUCUCGCUGGCUCAGUGCUUGGACUAUCCACCAUAUGGAGAUUUCCCUACGUCUAUUUUCAAAGUGGAGGUGGUACGUUUCUCAUCCCAUACUUGUUGGCCAUGUUUGUGUGUGCAUUGCCUGCCACCCUGUUGGACGUGCUCUUCUGUCAGUUCUCCGGCCGUGGUCCUGGACGCAUAGGAUACGGCAUGGUUUUCAUCAGAAGUAUCGUCAGCAUAUACUACAGCGUCAUCCUUGCCUGGAGCCUCUACUACAUCUUUAGUACAUUCAGUGAAUUCCUUCCAUGGACCCUGUGCACCAACGAAUGGAACACGGACCUGUGUGUUGGCGUGGACAGUCAAACAAAUUCAUCCUUUCUUGUCAAUGCAAACACUUGCUUCAGAUGUCCUCUGGAAUCGGUGACCCUGGAAGUAUUCGGUGACAGCUUCUUCUGUGUUUAG